GUGGAGGAGUCAUGUGACCUGACCCGGAAGUGGAGGGAGGAGAGGAGGAGGGGCUGUCUGCAUGUGACAGCAGCAUCAUCAUCAUCCUUCACUCUCAUCAUCAUAAUAAUAAAGGGUUGGCAGCAGCAUGUCUAGACUCUGCGUUUUCCUGCUGAUACCGGUCAUUUUGGACCCAGUGCUUUCUAUUGCAUUCAAUCUGCCGGUCAACUCUAGGAAAUGUCUUCAAGACAACAUCCACAAAGAUGUGCUGGUCUCAGGCGAUUACAUAGUGGGCGAACAUGCAAAAACUAGGAUUCAUUUGAAGAUCACUGAUUCUUUGGGUGACACGUUAUACACCAAGGAGAAUGCCACGAAAGGGAAAUUUUCAUUCACAACAGAAAAUUAUGACCAGUUUGACAUUUGCUUCGACAGCGUAUCUCCAAGGGGCAGUGGGAAGAUCCCAGAGCAACUGAUCGAACUGAACAUGAAGCAUGGCGUGGAAGCAAAGAAUUACAAAGAGAUUGAAAAAGUGGAGAAACUGUCCCCCCUCGAGGCGCAGCUGAAACAUCUUGAGCACCUCUCACUUUCCAUUGCAGACGACUUUACCAGCUUGAGGAACCGAGUGACAGAGAUGCACCAAACAAAUAAGUCCACUAAUACACGAAUGAAGCUCUUCAGCAUCAUCUCCGUCUGCUGCUUUCUUGCAUUGGCCACGUGGCAGAUUUUCUAUUUGAAACGAUUCUUCAAGACCAAGAAGUUGAUUGAGUGAAUACUUUUUUUCGAGCACAACCUGAGGGAUACUGAGGGAACAUUUACAUGGUCGUUACAAUGUGCCUUUUGACGUGUUUCUGAUAAUGCGUCACAUUUCAUCAAUGUAUAUUUGAAGGGCUCAUUUGCCAAGACAAAUAUCUCUGUUUUUAUUUAUUUUCCUAAAUCAUGUUUUGUUUUUGUGCUCUCCAUGGAAUAUCAAUCAAUGUGGUGUUGGGUUGUUUUGAUAACAUAUCUCAAUUUUAAAUUACCCUAAAUCAUGUUUUUUUUUUUAUUGUGCAGCCAAUGGAAUAUCAAUCAAACUGGUGUUUGUUUAUUCAUUUUAAGAAUGGUGUUUUUGCAAUUUAACUCUUCCUUUAUUUUAGUAUUUCGUCUUUGUGUGUACUUACCACACUGUAUUUUAUUAAACUCUGACAAUAUGUUAUUUAUAUAAAUAGCAAAGUCUUCCUAUGAAUUUAAAGGUGCUUUAGUAUAAAAUAAAAGGUUUCGACUACA